AUGGAUCAUCGGUCCGCUACCCCUGGGGGUCAUCAAACGCCAGGCAUUCCAACAUCCAAAUUGUCAUCUCGUCGACCUCAAAUCAGCGUCAAUCCACUGCGACCCGCACCUGCUCCUCCCCUCUCUUCCUUGCCAUCGCACGUCGCAUCUUCUCAUCGUUCUCCACCAUUGACCUCAACCUCGAGGGAUAAUCAGCGUCCUGAACCUGGGCAUGUUCUGCCAAAGGAAGGCGGAGUGGGAGUGGGGACGAGGUUGAAAAUCAAAUCUACGCCGUCUGCUGAAUCAAGGUACAGGACUCCCCUGGGUCCCCGAACAUCAGCAUAUGGAUCACAAGGAGCUAGCAGCGGACUUGGAGGUGCUGUCGUCUCCGCUGCCAGGAGAUUACAUCGAGCCAUCACCCCGAGUGUUAGUGGUGGGUCUUGGGCGGAAGUUGGCGCUCUUGCCGUUGAAGAAAACUUGGACGAACCUUGGGAAAUGUUGAAGUCCAAUGAGACCGUUCUGGUGACUGUGAGGGUGCGCCCACCCAAUCAAGCGGAGCUGUCGAGAGAUGGGACUUCCGUCUGGGACACACCGGGCUACGAUGACCACUUGAUUAAAUUGGCCAAAGGCAGAGAUGGAGGCCGCGAUGAACGAGAAUGGGUUUUUGAUCGGAUCUUGGACUCUUCAACGGACAACGCCAGAGCCUAUGUGACAUCUGCACGAGCGCAUGUCAGGUCCGCCAUGGACGGAUACAACGCUGUCAUUUUCGCUUAUGGUCAGACUGCCUCAGGGAAAACAUUCACCCUUAGUGGUUCCCCGUCGUCACCCGGUAUCAUACCUCUAUCCGUUUCGGACCUCUUUGCUGGCAUUCGAUCAACACCGGAUCGAGAGUUUCUGCUCCGAGCUUCAUACCUUGAGCUAUAUAACGAGACCAUCUUGGAUCUCCUCAGCCCAGGGACGAGCAAAGAGCUCAGCUUGAGUGAAGGGAAGAAAAAGGGCGAUAUCAUCAUCAAUGGAUUGACCGAAUGUGCCGUGAGGACAGAAGACGAAGUCAAGAGACUUUUGCGACUUGGCGAGGAGAGACGGAAAGUUGGAGGAACCGAUUGGAACACGAGAAGUUCACGAAGUCAUUGUGUCUUUAGGAUCGUGAUCGAAUCAAGGGCUGCGAGACCCUCCGUACCUGAUGAUGGAUCGCGCACCCCAGGUGGUGGCCUUCUGGCGGCGGGGGACAAAAUGACUAGAAUCUCGACCCUAUCUAUAAUUGAUCUGGCUGGAUCCGAAAAGCACACCAGCUCGAAGGAACGUAAUGCCGAGGGGAAGCACAUCAAUCAAUCACUUCUCACACUCAAGCUGGUAAUCUCGAAACUUGCCGACUUGGCUUCGAAGCGAAACAUCACGCAUAUACCAUACAGGGAUUCGAAGCUCACUCGGCUCCUUCAGCCGUCUUUAUCGGGUGAUGCACUCAUUUCAGUCAUCUGCACUGUCUCACCCUCCGCGGUCAACCUCGCUGAAUCUCUGUCUACCCUGGCAUUUGCGCAGGGUCUCAAGCGCGUGAUGCUCAGGGCUGAGAAGAAAGAAGUGGUGGAUCCUCAAGCGCUGAUCCAGCAGUAUCAAAACGAGAUCGCGGAGCUGAGAGCCUUGCUGAGAGAGAAGGAGACAAAUGUUGGGCCGCCCAAUGGGUCCAGAUCGGAUCGAACCAAAAAUGAGGCUAUGGAGAAGCGAUUAAAUGAGCUUCGAAGCUUGAUCUUGACGUCAAACAAUGUCUCCACGAUGGAGCCGAGCGGAUCCGAGGGCAUGGCGAGGCCUUUAAGUCCGACCAAGCUCAAGUAUCCGAAAUUGGACUUCGACAAGUCUACCACAGAGCUGCAAGAAGACCUUCAUGCCGCCCAACUCAAGAUUGCAGAUCAAGAAGAUGAGAUUGCUCGUUUAGGCUGGGAACUGGAGCUGAGGCCCAGGGAUGUGGACUCAAGGGUGGCUGAUUUGCAAGAGGAAGUGGCGGGUCUGAAACUGAUUGCAGCCGAUUACGAGCGCCACCUGCGGGAGCCUACACGAAAGGUGCGGGAAGACGUCGAGAGGGAAUUUGCGGCAAAAGUGACCAAGCUCGAGAGUCAGCUAGAGUCCAAGAGGAUCUGGGCGAAUCGAUUGGAUGAGAACUUCAGGGCGGUGACUGCGGAAAACAAGGAGCUCCAAGCGGUCUUCCAGAUCAUGGAAUGGAUCAACUCUGCUUUGUCAGAUGGACCGUCCAUAUCUCCAUCUUCAUCCACCUCUUCCAAUCUCAAUCUUCCGACUCUCGUCGUCUCUCAGGAUAUCCCUAGUCGCCGAGUCGACGACUUCUCACCCACAGCUGACUCUGGCCUCAAACGUCAAAGUACCAUCACAUUGACCAAUUCCAAGAUGACUCGAGCGCAACUCAGCAUGAUGGAUCUGGCCGGUCUCCAAGAUAGGUUCGGCAGCCUGGGUACUGGUGCACGAAAACCUCAGGCUUGUACAAGUAUGGCGUCCAGAGGUGGUGUAUUCGAUUGGGACAGGGAGACUGCUCAGAUGGACGAAGGUGAUGAGGAUGAAGUGUAUUGA